UGCGAUCAUACUGGCGAUUAAUCAUCGCUCGUCCGAUUUGUAUUCCACCAAGUUGCCAAGUAACAAUUAAAACAAAAGCCCGCUGGCGUUUGUUAAACGUAUAAAAAGCUUGGCCACCCAGCCAGAACAUUGCAAAUCGCACUAUAGAGAGUUAUCAGAACCGCUCCUUAUCGCCUGUUUUCGCUGCAGCGCUUUGCUCCCAUCUCAAAACUUGAAGUUCAGUGACGCCCCACUUGCCGACCGACCAAGUCGCAUUGCUGCCUCCAAACACUCGACAUGGGUAUCGAAAAAAUGCUUCCAUGCACCCUCCGGCUGAACAAGCUGAUGAGCCAGGCGGGCAACGACUGCCUGUGCAUCAUCGAUCGCGACGCGGUCCCAAGUGAGCUGAAGGCGGCCUUCGAGGAGCACCGCAGCUACGACAAGUCCUUCGACAGCAGCAUCUCCUGCUUCAAGGCGCCCAAUGUGGACCAGCCGGUGGUCUAUGCCCCCGUUUCCGAGCUGACCGACUACGAUGAUGUGAGGAGCUACCAGGAGGCGGCCAAGCAGUCCAUGCAGAAGGUGCUCAAGGCUGGCUUCCAAAACCCAUUGUUGUACGUGCCCAAGGUUAAACGUUUCCCUGAGGCCGAGCUCUGCACAGUUCUUGGUGCCCUGGAACAACUUUAUGUGCCCAUUCAACUGCGUGAGGCAGGAUCUUGCAAGAACUCCCGCGUGACUGAGCUCAGUGUCCAGAUUAACGAUCCCAAGGCGGAGGAGAUUCUUAAGGAGGCUUUGAUUUUGGAGGCCGGUCGCUUUGUGGCCCGUGACAUUGGAGUUGGAGACCCAGAGCGCAUGACACCAAUCCAGGUGGAAAAGUACAUCAAGCCGCUGUUCGACAAGCUGAACGUAAAUGUGAUCAGUGACUCGAAGGUCCUGGAGAAGGAGUAUCCCCUGUUCGCGGCUGUGAAUCGGGCAGCAGAUGCCGUGGAGCGUCACCGCGGUCGCAUCAUUUUCCUGGAGUACAAGCCCCCGAAGCCGGCGAGGAAGACUCUGAUGUUGGUGGGCAAGGGUGUGACCUAUGACACCGGUGGCGCUGACAUCAAGGCCGGCGGAGUGAUGGCCGGCAUGUCGCGCGACAAGUGCGGAGCAGCCGCUGCCGCCGGAUUCAUGCAGGUGGUCAGCAAACUCCAGCCGGAUGACAUCCAUGUGGUGGCAGCCCUGUGCAUGGUCCGCAACUCGGUGGGAGAGGAGUGCUACGUGGCCGAUGAGAUCAUCACCUCGCGAGCUGGUCUCCAUGUGAGGAUUGGGAACACCGAUGCCGAGGGCCGUAUGUGCAUGACCGAUGCUCUCUGCCGGAUGAAGGAGAUGGUCGUGGAGCAGAAUCUGCCGGACCCGCAUCUCUUCACCAUUGCCACUCUGACCGGACAUGCUUUUAUCUCGGCCGGCGAGGGCCAGUCGAUUGCCAUCGACAACAGCGUGGCCCAUCGCGAGGAUCACGCCAGGAAACUGCAGGCUGCUGGUCAGGCCUUCGGCGAACCCUUCGAGGUUUCCGUACUCCGUCCCAGCGACUUUGCCUUCAAUGCGGGCAAGGUGAUUGGCGAGGAUCUGGUGCAGGCCAACAAUGCACCAUCGGUGCGGACGCCUCGAGGACACCAGGUGCCCGCUGCCUUUAUGAUCAAGGCUUCGGGAUUGGACAAGCACGGAUUGGACUCCCAGCUGCCGAUCAAGUACACCCAUAUUGAUAUUGCCGGCAGUGCCGGUGAACACCCAGCGAUGCCCACAGCUGCCCCUCUUGUUUCCUUGGUGAAGACCCAUCUGACGAAGUAAAUACUUUGAGCAUAUAUUCAUCGCGGAGUACGCCAUCUCGAUGCCAGAACCCGUACUUACACAAAAAUACGCAUAGCUAACCAACAAUAUUAUCUUUCUGUCCACUAACUGCAUCACGUUUUUUAAUAAAAGCAAAAUCAAUAAAGUA